CAAUUUGAAUUUUUCAAUUGAAUUUUUCGUUUUAAAUUUUUGAUGAUUUUUCCUAUUAUCGAUUUGGAAAUCUUUUUUAAUGGAUAAUUAUGAGAUUAAAUUGGAAAAUACAUUAUCUGGCCAUAUUGAACGUGUUUGGUGUGUACGUUGGCAUCCAAAUGGUCGUUGGUUAGCUUCAUGUGGUGCUGAUCGUACUAUUAAAAUUUGGUCGAAAGAAGGUGAUGAAUGGAAAUGUCUUUCAACAUUGACUGAUGGCCAUCAGCGUACAAUUCGUUUCAUUGCAUGGUCACAUGAUGGACGAUUUCUUGCAUCGGCCAGUUUUGAUGGAACCACUUGUAUUUGGCAUCAAAAAGCCAAUGAAAAUAAUGAUGAACCAACAACAAUGGAUUGGACAGUGAUGGUAUCACUUGAAGGUCAUGAGAAUGAAGUUAAAUGUGUGGCCUGGUCACCCAACAAUACAUUUUUGGCAACAUGUUCACGAGAUAAAUCUGUUUGGAUAUGGGAAAAAAUCGAAGUUGGUUGUGAAUCCGAUGAUUGUGGUGGUGGUGGUGGUGGUGACAUAAAUGAUCGGCCAGAUGAGGAAGCAUUUUUCGAAUGUUCAUCCGUACAAACUGAACACAGUCAAGAUGUCAAAUGUGUUGUAUGGCAUCCCAAAUUGAAUAUUCUUUCUUCCAGUAGUUUUGAUAAUCAAAUUAAUCUUUAUUGUCAAAAUGAUGAUGAUUGGCAAUGUUAUACACAGUUGAAUCAACAUGAAUCAACCGUAUGGUCAAUUGCAUUCAAUCCUGAAGGCACAAGAAUUGUAAGUGUCAGUGCCGAUGAAUCGAUAAAAAUAUGGCAACCAAAAAAUUACAAUCAAUUGAUCGAUGAAACCAAAUUGAGUGGCAAACGUUAUGCUGAACUUACAGUCAAAUGGACCAUCAUCGCUUCGUUAAGUGGAUAUCAUCAUUGGCCUAUCUAUGAUGUUGAUUGGUCAUCAAUAGAAAAUCUAAUACUAACUGCUGGUGCCGAUAAUUCCAUACGUAUAUUUAAACAAUUCCAAAAUGAUCAGGAUGAUCCAUAUUCAUCGGUUAGAUAUCGACAAAUUUUAUAUGAAUCUGAAGCACAUGAACAGGAUAUUAAUUCUAUCCACUGGAAUCCUGUGCCAAUUUCGAAUAGUCAAUUAUUGUUGGCGUCUGGUUCUGAUGACGGAUUCGUUCGAUUAUGGUCAUUCGAACAACGAAAACAACACUCAUGAUUAAGUUGUACAGAUUUGUGAUGAUUUAUUAAAUAGGAAAAAAACAAAUAUUUUUGUUUCAAUCAAUCAUUAUCAAUUUUUUUUA